AAGGUCUAUCCCCUGAUGAAGACGUGGGUGCGAGAAGCAGCGAAGCGCGCGCGGCAGCCACACUUCGGGCCAACACUGGACUAUGGGGUGAAUAAGGCGCUACUGUGAGUCUGUUCUGCGUUGGGCAUCCAGCUUGUCAGCUCUUGGUUGUUGCUCACAGUGAGUGCGAUCGUCUUGCAGCGAUUCUGCCUUGCAGUCGGCAUUUGUGCAGCUGGAUUGCGACGAAGAGACCCAAGUGUUCCUCGACGCACGUGGACUAUUUGCCAAAGCCUACAUCAAUAGUGAUUGUUCCCGUCUAACGCGUGUUCUCCAAUGUGCUGGUAACAGACCUGCACUGGUGGAAAUCUGUGGGAGUCCCUGGGCUCCACUGUGCUCGGGCUCUUCUACUCCCUGACCGACGCGAACGGAAUUCUUGGACGUAAGUGAGCCCUAGUCGGCGCCAAUGUGAUGUCCUAUUGCAGCACCGCACUGGGCGAAUUCUGGCUCACGAUCCUCCUCUGUUACUCCCUUGUGUAGGUGGUCAGAUGUUCGUGCUUUCAAAGGCUCAAGUGCAGCGGCUCCUCCAUCGCGAACAACCCAUAGCAGGAGGCAGCAGUUCCCUGCUCGACAUUGGAGCUGGAGACGGAAAUGUGACCGCGUCGCUGGCCUCGCUAGUGGACCAAGUGACCACAACGGAAGCUUCAGCACCCAUGGUGGCCCACCUGAACGCACGAGGAUACAACAGCGUGCAAACCUGCGACUUGCAGCACGAAUUCUUGCAGUCGCGGAAGCCUUACAACAUUAUCAGCAUGCUGAACGUGCUGGAUCGCGCCGACAAACCGCUCACGAUGCUUCGCGAGAUCCGCGAGAUGCUGGACCCUCAGAAUGGUCUCUUCCUGCUGGCUGUGGUGCUGCCGUUCUCGGCAUUCGUGGAGCAGGGAACGCAGCGCGUGGCACCAACCGAAAAGCUGCCAAUGCGAGGCGGACUCUGUGCAGACGGCGCGUCCUUUGAAAUCGCGGCCAGCCUGCUACUACGGAACGUGCUACUGCCAGCAGGUUUCAAGCUCCGGCACUUCAGUCGCGUGCCGUAUCUGUGUCGUGGGGAUAUACAGCAGCCUUACUACGUGCUGUCGGACGCGAUCUUCGUGCUGGAAGUGGACGAUAAAGAGUCGAGUUGAAGUGGCUCUGCUGCCGCUGGUAAUUACACAGCAAGCCACCUGCUUUUCAGUAAAUAGAGCCGUCCUGCUCGCAUUAUGACUACAGUCCACCAGCGAAGAAACGAUAGCGCUGAAAUCAUGGCGUGGAGUGCCAGAACGGCUAACUGGCCUCGGUGGAGUAGGAAUAACCAGCAUCGGAAAAUUGUCGGUGACCACGAAAUUUAGCUGCCAUGCGUAUUGAGGCAGGUACUGUACCUUGGCGGUAGCGAGACUCGCUGUUUUAACUGAAACGAGACAUACCCAAGAGCUAUAUUUAGCGGCGACCUUUUCGGCGAAUCAUGUGAUUAUCUGUUGAUUACAGCGACUGUGAGUGGCAAAAAAGUUUUCAUUCUCAUCUCUCGAUUAAGUACGAGU